GCCUCGCGCAUCUCGGGCGAUACCGUCAAGAUCAAGGAAGGCAUGGGCGAGAAGCUCGGCGAGGCCCUCCGCUUCAUCUUCCAGUUCCUCGCUGGCUUUGUGAUCGGCUUUUACAAGGGCUGGAACAUGGCGCUGGCCAUGUGCGCGGUCAUGCCCACGUGCGCGGUAUCGCUCACUUUUCUCAUCAAGCGCCUGCGUGCGUCUGCGGCCAGGAGCCAGCAGGUCUACGCUGCCGCCGGUGCCGUCGCUGAAGAGACCAUUGGUGCCAUGCGCACCGUCGUGUCGCUCAACGGUGAGCCGCGUGUGGUCCAAAAGUACGGCGAGAACAUCCUGGAGGCUGAAGUCGAGACGAUCAAGCUCGCCAAGUUUGUCUCGUUCUCAACCGGUUGGUUCAUGAUGAGCAUCUGGCUCACGUACGCUACUGGCCUAUGGUACGGAGGCUACCUCGUCUCGGACCAGAACGAUACGAUUCCGACGCCCGGCUCUGUCUUCUCAGUCCUGUACGGCAUCCUCAUGGGCACGAUGGCUGUCUCCCAGAUCUCACCCAACAUCUCGGCCGUGGCUUCUGCCAAGGGUGCGGCAUCGGCCCUCUACCAAAUCCUUGACCGUCCGUAG